AUGACUUUCACUCUGCCAUCCACUGCAAUCUGUCCAGGAGGAAAUAGUAAUAAAAAUCAAAUCUUUUUUAAACCCACUCCACCAGCAGCAGCACCAAAACCAGGAAGUUUGGAAGUCCUAGUUUUACAAUCUAAACAAAUACCAAAAGGUGUUUCACAUUUAUUAAAUAUUUAA